CAAUUGGAAGCAAGCUAUACCUUAAAUCCCUCCCACCUCUGCAAAAAAACGGAAAUUAGGACCACUAACACAAAUCUGCUAGUUGUGUCAAGUUGGAUUAUAUUUCUCUGAGACAUAACUAAAUCAGUUUAAGGGAUGAUCUAUGGUUUGAUGUCCCAUCUUAAUCGGAUAACCGACAGGACACUGACACUGCAGUCAGGUGACGGGACAGCGAGGUGCUUUUACCAACGCGGGUGUAUAAAACACUAGGAACACGUGUUCUUUCCCCGACGAUUGACCAGACCAGUGCCAUGGCUGCUGACAUCACUAUCCGAAGAUACCAGGAAGAUGACAAGGAGAUCGUGAAGGAGAUCUUCACCAUGGGGAUGAGCGAGCACGUCCCCUCCUCCUUCAUGCACCUCCUCAAACAGCCCCUGACCCAGAUGAUCCUGAUGGUCACGUUCUGCGCCCUGCUGGCCAGCUCCAAGUCCGUCCUGCUACCUGUAGUAGGGGUCACUCUCCUCCUGGCCGGGGCCAAGCAGCUGGUGGGCUACCUCUUCAACAGCUACAUCGACACCUCCCUGAGGAAGGACCUCGGCCGCAUCCAGGAGACCUACCUGGAGAACAAGGACUCGUGUUUCUGGGUGGCUGAGAGCGACGGCCGGGUGGUGGCAACGGUGGCCUGCCUGCCCGCGGAGAGGGAACCAGGCUGCAUGGAGCUGAAGAGGUUGUCUGUACGUCGUACACACCGGGGGAUGGGCAUCGCCAAGGCCCUCAGCAGGACAGUGGCAGACUUCAGCAGGGAGAGGGGCUUCCCUGCGGUCGUCCUCUACACAUCUGUAGUGCAGACUGAUGCACAGAGGCUGUAUGAGAACGUGGGCUACACACGGGUCAGAGAGUUCGUCAUCCCUGAGCCCAUCGCCAAAAUCACCAACUUUACCCUGAUAGAGUACAGACUUGACUUACUGCAGGGGGGAAAAUAGGAAGAGGACUAGACUUACUGCAGAGGGGAAAUAGGAGGACUUACUGCAGGGGGGAAAUAGGUUGAGGACUUAUUGCAGGGGGGAAAUAGGUUGAGGACUUAUUGCAGGGGGAAAAUAGGAGGACUUACUGCAGGGGGGAAAUAGGUUGAGGACUUACUGCAGAGGGGAAAUAGGAGGAGGACUGGACUUACUGCAGAGGGGAAAUAGGAGGACUUACUGCAGGGGGGAAAUAGGAGGACUUACUGCAGGGGGGAAAUAGGUUGAGGACUUAUUGCAGUGGGGAAAUAGGUUGAGGACUUAUUGCAGUGGGGAAAUAGGUUGAGGACUUAUUGCAGGGUGGAAAUAGGUUGAGGACUUAUUUCAGGGUGGAAAUAGGAGGAGGACUGGACUUACUGCAGAGGGGAAAUAGGUUGAGGACUUAUUGCAGUGGGGAAAUAGGUUGAGGACUUAUUGCAGGGUGGAAAUAGGUUGAGGACUUAUUGCAGUGGGGAAAUAGGUUGAGGACUUAUUGCAGGGUGGAAAUAGGAGGAGGACUGGACUUACUGCAGAGGGGAAAUAGGAGGACUUACUGCAGGGGGGAAAUAGGAGGACUUACUGCAGGGGGGAAAUAGGAGGACUGGACUUACUGCAGGGGGGAAAUAGGAGGACUGGACUUACUGCAGGGGGGGAAAUAGGAGGACUGGACUUACUGCAGGGGGGGAAAUAGGAGGACUGGAUUACUGCAGGGGGGGAAAUAGGAGGACUGGACUUACUGCAGGGGGGAAAUAGGAGGAGGACUGGACUUACUUCAGGGGGGAAAUAGGAGGACUGGACUUACUGCAGGGGGGGAAAUAGGAGGACUGGACUUACUGCAGGGGGGAAAUAGGAGGAGGACUGGAAGGACAGUAGGACGGACACCCACGCUGGCACACACACACACAUCUACAGUACAUUUGGAAUGUAUUCAGACCCCUUGACUUUUCCUUAUUCUAAAAUGGAUCCCCAAAAAAUGUUCCUCAUCAAAUCUUCACACAGUUCCCCACAAUGACAAAGUAAGAAGAGGUAUUUAGAUUUUAUUUUGCCAAUUUAUUAAAAAUAGAAAACUGAAAUCACGUUUACAUAAGUAUUCAGACCUUUUACUCAGUACUUUCUUGAAGCGUCAAAGAAGUAUAAGGUUUUAAAGUGAAACAUGAAAAUGAAAAACAAUGUAUUUUUAAACAAUUUUUAUGUUCGCUUGAGUGUUACCUUUUAUUCAUUUAAUGUGAUUGUUAAAUUAACCUAAAAAAAUAAUAAUUCGGUGCGACCAUGAAUAAAAAAAAUAUAUAUAUAAGGUUUUCACACUGUUAUUUCAAGCAAAUAAGAGUAAAAUAUUAAAAUUAAAGAAGUUAUAAGGUACAGUAUAAUAAAUAUUAUUCACGUUUCACUGGACAAAUCUUCAUUUUGAAUGACUGUUAACUACAACUUCUGUUAAAUAAAUGAAAAGCGUAUAACAUUUUGCUGAAAUGCGUGUUUUAUUUUAUAGACUGAGCUUCUCUGCAUUUUUGAGACUUUAGCAUAAUUGAAUUGUUUUUUUUUAAUAUUAAAAACACUGGUUGAUCAUU